AGGAAUACGAAAAAUGUUAUCAACGUUGCGAAAAAUAUUUUUGAACAAUAUAUCAACGAAAUGCUUCAACGGAAUUAUGAUGAUAUACAAGAUAUACCUGCCGAAGAAUUGGCUCUUGUUCUGAAGAAAUUUUAUUGUAACGUCAGAAAUCGCAAUGGAGAGCCUUAUGCUAAGAAAACAAUGAUUUCUCUCAGGUACGGUUUACAGAAAACAUUUGAAAAAACGCACAAAUUUGACAUUGUAAAUGACGACAGAUUCAAGGAGGCCAACAAAAUUUUUCAUGCUUGUUUGAAAAAGCUGAAAAUGGAAGGGGGUGGUGAAAGCAAACAUAAGGAAAUUAUUUCCGAGGAAGAUAUAAGAAAAUUGUAUUCCACCGAUACUUUAUCGACUAAAGACCCUAAAUCUCUGCAAUUUAAGGUGUUUUUUGAACUGAUGAUGUUUUUGUGUAACCGCGGAAGGGAAAACCUUCGCAAUAUGACCAAAGAAGAUUUUGUAGUAAACACUGGUGCUAGUGGGAGGAGAUAUGUUGUAAACGUGAAACCAAGGCUCACUAAAAAUCACCAGGGUGGAACAGAUGAUGUGGAUGAUGGUGGCGGUAGGAUGUACGAAAAACCAGGAACCCCACACUGCCCUGUUCUAAGCUUCGAGAAAUACCUGACGAAAUUAAAUCCAGGUUGUCAUUUCUUAUGGCAACGGCCCAAGAGUUUUCAAGCUGAAAGUGAGGAUCCAUCGAUUUGGUAUGACAACAUGGUUCUGGGCAAGAACUCCCUCGGCCAAAUGAUGCAGAAUAUAAGUAAACAAGCAGAUCUUUCUAAAGUGUACAGUAAUCACUGCAUUAGGGCUACCUGCAUAACUCUUCUGGAUGAAAGUGGGUAUGAAGGGAGGCAUAUUAUGACUGUCUCAAAACAUAAAUCGGAAACAAGUUUAAAACAUUACGUCUCAAAAGCACGGGAGAAAAAGAAACGCGAAAUGUCUAACGCAUUGGCAGAACAAGUAAUCCCACAGACAGCACCAGCUCCAGAAGUGAUCACUGCUACAAGCUCUGAUAAUGCGAAUUUAGAAAAUGUUGACUUUCUAGAAAUAGAUAGUCAGGAAUUAAACAAUAUGAUGGUUUCUGUGCUUGAACAGAAUUCAACCGUUGCACAGUCUAACAUUCCUGAGCCUAGCACCGUCAAUAACCAAAUCACGUGCGUUUCGAAAGAAAAUGUUUGUCCAAAAUACAGUUUUAAUAACUGUUCAGUCGUUAUUAAUGACUAUGGUGGAAAAAACUAAAAGUUAAAAAGCUAAUGAUUACAAACACACCCUGAAAUUUCAACCCCAGAAUAGAAUGAGCUUCUGUAGUUUCUGUUCACGUGGACCUUGUUGUUAUAUUUACAUAUGUAUUGUGAAAAUUCAUGAAUAAUAAACGUUAAUUGAUUUA